AUGAAUAUUGUCUCUUCUGCUCCGUCUGGCUGUGAAAGCAGAAGCGAUGGAUGCGGUCAGCGGCUCUGUGGAUUAUCAGCACCUUUCUCACGCUACGGGCAGAAAGCACCCAACAGCAGGGCGAUCGUCCUUCUGGAGGAGUGCUUUGUGAUGAAGGAUCCUUUCUGUCCCGAGAAAGAGAAGUUUCUCGUGUUGGGGUCACACUGCAGCUUGUGCCACAAGACCGUUUGCGUGGGCGCGGAGUGCAGCCUGUUUUACACCAAGCGCUUCUGCCUUCAGUGCGUGAGGGAGCACCUGGAGCAGUUUCCCCAGCAGAUCCAGACAGAGCUUGGCAAGAAGAAACAGACCCAGAAAACUCCCUCCUGAUCCCAGUCCCCUCAGAGAGCACCGGGACUGUGUGACACUGAAAGACUGUUUUCAGACAAGCGCUGCUCCCGGUGAACUGUUAAUAUUCGAAGCGAAUCGGUCAGGUGCUACAGAGCAGUAUGACAGUUUAUUGACAAACCACACCACUGCCUUAGUGUUGUAAAUAAGUGAAUAAAUAUAUUUUGCCUUCAGUUUGGUGCUGUCCGUACUAAAUUAAAAAAACAGUCGUGCAUGCUUUUCUGGAAAGAGGUGAAGAUCUCUGAGGUUUAUGGUGGAGGAGCAGGACACCUGUACUUAUCUUACAACAGAUGGGGAAACAAGGAAAAUUAGUGAAUAAACAAUAGGAACUGCCCACAGCCAUUAUACCUGAUGUAUUUAUACAGCCAUGAUGGAUGAGCAGGUGCAGUCAGAGCAUCACCAGCACCUGCAAAUGAAGAACACAGAGAGGUUAGUGCCUGCAAUUUCCCGAGUGGCAACGAUUAAAGGUAUGAUGAACGAGAUCUUGAAAUCAGACAUUUGGAGUGGUUCAGUGGGUCAAUGCUGGAGUGUCCCCCCCCAGCAACAUGUGGGUUUGAGUCCCAUUUAGACAGAGUUUCUUAUGGGUUUUUUUUUUUUUUUUCCAGUUGGACUUUCAAAUCGUAGCCUUAACUAUGAUGGACGAGCAGCUGCCCUAAGAGCUCUGGUGGCUCUGUAUGUAAGCGCUGGUGUUGCCACUCGGGAAACUGCGGGUUCUAGCCUCGCCCUGACCCUUUUUUGCAAUUGGCCUUUCAAACGGUAGCCUUAACUAUAUUGGGGUAGCAGCUACACCAAGCGCCGUGGCGGCUCAGUGAGUAAGCGCUGGUGCUGCCGCUCGGGAAAUUGCGGGUUUUAACCUCACCUUGACUCUUUUUGCGAUUGCGCUUUCAAAUUGUAGCCUUAACUAUGACGGACGAGCAGGCUGAACCGGAG